CUUGGCGACUCUUUCCACGCCACGAAAGAAAAUUAAGAGCCCAGGGGCGAUCGGCGAAUUUCUUUACCCCCAACCCGGCCACUGAUAUUGAUGGGCAAGAGGGACGCGGUUCCGAUGAAGGACGUGGCUUAAUGAAAAUGUUUAAGGGAAUGUUCCCGCAACAGGAGAGCAACAUCAUUAUUAUAGCACCAGCGCCCACUACUACUGCCCCAGCACCCACAACCCCCACAUCGCCAACAACAUCUUCACCAACGGGGGCCACCAGGGGUACAUCAACUACAUAUGCCGCUGAGUUGGGAAGAGAUGACGAUUUGGAUUCUGACAAUCUACUUGGUAUCCAGGAUGACUUGCUAAAUGACCCGAUUUUUAGUGAUAAUCCUCAGGAUGAGAUUCGGAUGCCCGCUAAUAGCGUCUACAGCCGCAAUAAAAAGUACAAAAACACCAGACAAAGAAGAAGGAAAUCAGCACAACGGAAUAACGCUAAACGUAAUCAACUUCAACGCCAACGUAAUAAUAUGAGAACACGCAAUCGUAAUCUUGUAAAAGCGGAACAGAUUGCACAAAGCAUUGCCAAGAUGCCUAGGCCAAAUGGCAAUGUUUUCUCCCUCAACAAUGGCAACAACAACAAUGGUGGUGGCAGCAGCAGCAGCUUCUUUAACAUCAACGCCAAUGAACGCAUCCAAAGCAUAAUGAAUGCCCUUAGGCGCCAAACACCAAUCGUCUAUAAUUACUAA